AUGAGUAGAUCAAUAGAAUUUAACAUCUGUGUGGUCACCUGCAGCAUCUUGCUCUUGUCCUCAACUCUACCAUGCCUUGCAUCUCAGCCAGUAGAGGAGAGGGACAUGACAAAGGUCCAGCAUGGCCCGUGGACAAGGAAUGGGGUAGAAGAUGAAAGGACAAGCGUACCGAACUUGAAAAGUAACCUGGGCCCUUCUGAGCAGACUGUCUCUGAAGAGCCGUGUGGAGUGUCAGCAAAGCCAUCUGAGAUGCCCUUAAAUGAAGCUUUCACUGCAGAAGGAGAGACGCUGCCUGUAAGCCUGAGCCAUGUCACCCCAGGCAGCCAGGACCUGGGCACUCACACCUCUGUUGUGGCAGUGGCUGCUGUAGAUGAGGAGGAGCUUGGUCCCACAAAGUCAGAGCUGGAUGAGGAUGAUGCAUUCAAGGCCAUGCUGACCACAGCUGUGACCACACUGAACCCUACUGUCCAGGAGGAGUCUGUUGGUGGCCCCAUUAGUGAGACCACUGUGGAGGGUGGUAUUGAAGUAGAGCACAGCUCUGCUGGCCUCUCAGCAAACCCCCUUUCUGGGGCAGCUGUGGAGGAGGAGGAGGCAGAGAGCAGCUCACACCCCUCAGCUGCACCCCAGCCCACACUGUACCCCGGCUCUCCCAGCUGGGAAACAGUGAGCAACCACCCUGUCAUCCCGACUCCCCAGGCUCCUGGUGUGACCUCUGGGGAGGGAAUGCCAAGAGCCCGCACAGGGAGCCCUCUGAAGUCCCUGGUGGUGCAAGCAUCUGUGGCUGCGAAACAUCGUACUGUCACCAUCCACCCUAUGGACACUGUGCCGCCUGACUGGGAUGACACAAAACUGGGGGAUGUAAGUCAAGGGGGAAGCAUGUCUCAUGAGGAGGUGAUGGAGGACCUGGGGGCAACAGAACCAUCCCAGACCCCACAGGGAGGUGUUGGGGAGGAAGAGGAUGCAACAAGAGUGCUGCCGUCCCCAGCGUCCCCCCCACCAACUCCUGAGCUUGCCAAGGAAAGCAACUGCACAGUACUGGUGCAAGGUGGGGUGUUGCCAGCAGCUUCCAUGGGCAGUGGUGAUGCUCUCCACACUGCAAACCCAACGGAUGUGGGCAUGGCUGAUCUCAGCUCCCUGGAAAACAUGAAUGCAGUCACAGCAGAGGAGGGGAAGAGCAUCCUGCCAUCACAUACGGAGGCUGCUGUGGUGACAGAUACACAGUCUGAUCUCUUUCCUACUCUGGGAAGCUCAUGGAAAGGUGUCACUCAGGAGGUGACAACUGUUGCCCAGGAGGAUGAUGCUGCUCUGUCAGUUGCGAUGCUGGUGCCUGGUGCUACCCAGGGAACAGAACCUGCAAGCCUUCUGCAGGAAAACAGUGGGGAAGACACCCAGAUGCCAACUGCUCCUAGUGCCACCCAGAUGCUGGUGGAAACUGGUACUUCCUCUAUGGUGAACACUCCAGAUGUAGAAGAUCUCUCAGAUGUGGUCCUGGUCACCAGCGAGAAGGCUGUUCCAGUUCCUAGUGGGUUGUCUGCUACCCAGUCUGGACAGACAGAGGAGCCAUCUAGUGGAACUGUGGUCCUGGUAACUCCAGCAUCAAUGGCAUCUUCUGUCAGGAGAACAGCUUUUCCUUCUGUGAGGAAGAUCAGUACAGCGGUGACCUAUGGGCUGGACCGUCUGGAGUCAGAAGAGGGUGAAGAAGAAGAAGAGGAUGAAGAGGAGGAGGAAGAAGAAGAGGAGGAAGAGGAAGAUGAGGAGGACAAAGACAUAGAUUCGAUGGAUGAAAGCAUGGAGGGUGACACGGAGCUGCCAGGUUUCACGCUUCCAGGCGAGACCUCCCAGGACCCUAUAGCUGGCCUGGAAAACCCUGUGGCCCAGCUGGCUGGAGUGUCCUACCAGGUUCCCGACACCAUCGAGUGGGAGCAGCAGAACCAGGGUCUGGUGAGAAGCUGGAUGGAGAAGCUGAAAGAUAAGGCAGGAUACAUGUCAGGGAUGCUGGUUCCUGUAGGAGUCGGAAUAGCCGGAGCCCUCUUUAUCCUAGGAGCACUCUACAGCAUUAAGAUUAUGAAUCGCCGAAGGAGAAACGGCUCAAAGAGACAUAAAAGAAAGCAGAGGGAAUUUAACAGCAUGCAAGACCGAGUCAUGCUCUUAGCUGACAGCUCUGAAGAUGAAUUUUGA